GCGCAAAAUUACUAAGGUUGGCAACCGAGCCGGCGACAAGCCUGCCACAUACGAAAAAAGUACUUUUGUGAAACUCCAACGUUACUGCAUGGACGGUCAGCCUGCGACUUCGACUGAAAGACCACGCAAGUCAUAUUAAAAAGGACUGAGUCGGUGACUAGCGGCGACGCACUUGUGACAACGGCUGCACCGCUUGCCAGCUACCUGCCCGUACCUCGAAAGUGGCAGCUCGCGCAGACUGCAAUCAUGGAUUGGUUGACGCUAGUGGGCAGCAUGUUGGUGGUAUCGCUACUAUACCUCUUACUUCAGCGAUGGCUCCAAGGAAAGCGAAUGCCCCCAGGAACGCGCCUUCCUCCUGGUCCCCCGGGCCUUCCCCUUGUGGGGCAUUUGCAGUUCUCGUUCAAGGAUUUCCACUGUAACCAGGCCAUAAAAUGGGCGAAGCAAUACGGACCCAUCUACAGGGUAAAGACUGGCUCAACAGACGUGGUCAUAAUCAAUGAUUUUCAACUGAUAAAGAAGUAUCUCCCUAAAAAAGAACUUUUGAACCGGCCACAGAACUGGUUCUUCAAUGAAGGAGAAUACCAAGGUGUGGCUUCGUUCAACGGCGACGUAUGGAUGGACAACCGACGAUUCAGCAUGCAGGUUCUGCGGGACAUUGGUUACGGCAAGACAUCCAUGGAGGAAAACGUCAAGGGUGAGUGCCACGGUAUCGUGAAGCAAAUAUCCAGGGCCAAUGGCAGCCCCAUACCGGUCCACAACUUACUGCUUACAAGCAUCUCCAGCAACAUCGCUUCGCUCGUGUACGGCACACGGCACGCUCACGACGACCCGCACCGAUUAUACAUGGAUAAGAUGCUGCUGGGUGUGUUCGAGGCGAUCGGAAGCGGCAGCAUGCUUGAGUUCCUGCCCAUGUUCGUGCGCCAGCUUCUCAGGAAGCUGCCAUCCACACGCAGAAAUGACAUGGCUACCAAGGUCAAGGAGUUUAUCCAGUACACGAAGCGGCAAGUCGAGGAGCACAAGCAGACUCUUAACAACGAUUCUAAUCGGGACUUCAUCGACGGCUACCUCAAGAAGAUCAAGGAACACGAGAAGGAGCCGAAAUCAAACUUCACACCUAAACACCUCGUGGGCAAUGCCAUGGCGUUGUUCUUCGGCGGCUCAGGCACAGUCACGCUGGCCCUGCAGUGGCACUUUCUCAACUUCGCCGACAAGCCGGACACGGUGCAGGCCAGAGUGCAGGAGGAGAUCGACCAAGUGGUGGGCAGGGAGCGCCAGCCAACAUGGGAAGACCGCCAGAAGAUGCACUACACCAUGGCCUGCAUCUGGGAGAUGAACCGCUGGAAGACCGUGUCACCCCUAGGAGUGCCCAGAUGUGUUCUCGAGGACACCGUUUUCGGCGAAUUUUACAUCCCGAGUGGAACCACCGUCGUCCCUAACCUUUGGGCGGUGCACAACGACCCCAAGCUAUGGAAGGAGCCCUCGAAGUUCGACCCGAACCGGUUCCUCGGAGAGGACGGCUGCCUGGUACAACCGAAGCCUGAGUACCUAAUUCCAUUCUCAGUCGGGAAACGCAUGUGUCCCGGCGAGAAACUUUCUUUGGUGGAGAUUUUUCUGUACAUCACGUACGUGCUUCAAAAGUACCGCGUUCUGCCCGAAGGAGACAAGAUCGAAGGUCUUAACUCUGCCGACGUUUGCAUCGAGGAGCUCGACCAUUACAGGCUCAGAUUCGUUCCUCGAUAAACGCACCUCGAACAUAAUACCUUGACAAUUGCUAACUAAUGUUUGUGUCUUCAUGAAUGUGCAUGUUUGAACACUCGGAUAACGGCACGUUUGUUUCUGUUAUUAUUUUGUAUGUAAUAAAAUCAUGUAUGAGACUACAGUGCAUUACAGUACAGUAAUGAAUACAGCGACCCACGCAUUUACACCUCUACUCUUAUCCAGAAUGCGUAGCUCAUCAAUUUACAGAUGUAAUAAAA